UGGAACCCCUGCAUUGUCUACCGAAACAAAUGUCCCCUGCUGCCACGAAGCCGAAAGGUUUUGUCGCCAGCAGCCCUGCAACAUGGAGAUGACAAGGGGUCAUACAAACAGUAUAUAAGCAAAGUCGAAUCCUAUGAGUGACUUCGAUAUACCCACAGUGUAUAGUCACGAAAUGCAACCCGUAAGUAGUAAAGUCAUCUCGGAUCGUUCUAGCAGCAAUGCCCAAUCACCGGUUCGGCAUCGUUGAAUACGCCCGCGGGCGUUACUACAUCCAGGUGCACGGGGCGAGGGACAGGAAAUUUGAGGCAUCACAGGAACGGUUACAGGCAAUCUUCCAGCUUCUGCGAGGGGUCUAUCCCGACGCUCCGCCUUUUCAUGGGGUCGUCUCACGCGGGGCCGAGACCCGUGUGGUGGCGCGCUGUUUCCGCGAAGCUGGCGACGGGGACGAGGCUGAAAAUCUUGUGACCGGAAUGUAUGCCUUCAAAUUCAAAAUCAUUGGCAAGAAGGAAGAAACAUCUUUUCUGAGACUGUGGCUUCUUUGUGAGCAUAGGAAAUACCUAACGUGGUUGGAGCAGACUUUGCCGGUGUCCAAGGUCCGACUGCGGCCGUCUGAGAUUCCUGAUUCCCACAUCUCCCUGGGCUCCGCGGCGAACGCAAUCUGUGUCGUGAUGUAAUUGAUGUGUUGUUCUUCAGCGUGUAGGGGGUAUAUAUAAUCACAAUAGACGCUAUAUCACUUUUGUUGACUUAGAAGCAAG